AUGCGGGAAAUUCGAGUUCAAUGCUAUUAUCGGAAAAGAAUAAGCCCGAAGUCAGUGGGGCAAAGAAUUAUUGGAGGAGAGGAUGCCGUUAUAGAAGAAUAUCCAUUUGCAGUUUCUCUACAGAACAACGUUACAAUUUUUGGCCAUGAUGUCGAGCAUUUCUGCGGCGGUAGUAUUAUCAGUGAUACGUGGAUAAUAACAUCGGCUCAGUGUGCUCUCAGUAUAAACGUGAGAGAAUUUCACAUCAGAGCUGGAAGCACGUAUUAUUAUAAAAACGGCACGACGUAUAACGUUGAAAGGAUCGUUGUUCACCCAGCCUUCAACUAUCACAAUUACGAUUUCGAUGUUGGACUUGUAAAAAUAGUGUUUGAUAAAUUGAAACAACCAAUUAAAUUACCAACAAAAGAUCAAGAAAUCAAGGAUGGUGUUGAAAUUACUAUAGUCGGUUGGGGAGCAACACAGAAUCUUGCUCCUUUUUCUGAGAAUCUUCAAAAAACUAAUUUACCCAAAAUUAGUAACGAAGAAUGUACUUUGACAUACGGGUAUCAGCUGACCGAUCGAAUGUUUUGUAUUAUCUCUGAUAAUAGUAAGCCUUGCGUCGGUGAUUCCGGUUCAUCGGCUGUAAUAAAUAACACGUUAAUUGGUGUAGCAUCGUGGAGCGGUGCUUGUGAAUUUUCAUACCCAACUGCAUACACGAAUCUAUCCGAAAUGAUAGAUUGGAUUAAAGAAAACACUGAAAUAUCCUAA